AUGAUCGACCCCAACGUCAGCCUGAGCUGCGCGCACAGCCCGGCGGGUGGAACCGCCGCUACGGCCAAAUACGACGAGGCGUCCGGUUCUCCGCAGCCUCCGACGCUGAGCCCGACGGGUCACCUGGUGGUGGCCGUGUGCCUGGGCUUAAUCGGGACUUUGGGCUUCGUGUGCAACUUGGUGGUUCUGGCCAUGUUUUUCCGCUACCGGGCUCUGCGCACGCCCAUGAACCUGCUGCUGGUCAGCAUCGCCGUGAGCGACCUUCUGGUCAGCGUCUUCGGAACUCCCUUCAGCUUCGCCGCCAGCAUCCACGGACGCUGGCUCAUUGGACGCGCGGGGUGCGUGUGGUACGGAUUCGUCAACGCCUGCUUAGGCAUCGUGUCGCUGAUCUCUCUGGCCGUGCUGUCCUACGAGCGCUACUGCACCAUGAUGGUUCCCAACAUGGCGGACGGACGCGACUUCCGUCCGGCACUGGGCGGCAUCUGCUUCUCCUGGUUCUACUCCAUGGCCUGGACGGUGCCCCCCCUGCUGGGCUGGAGCCGCUACGGGCCCGAGGGGCCGGGGACCACCUGCUCGGUGGACUGGCGCUCGCGGACGGCCAACAACGUCUCCUACGUGGUGUGUCUGUUCGCUUUCUGCCUGGUGUUGCCCUUCGCCGUCAUUGUCUUCUCCUACGGGAAGCUGCUGUGCGCCAUCACGCAGGUGCGCAGCGCCAGCUCUGUGGUGACGCGUCGGAGAGAGCAGCGGGUGCUGGCUAUGGUGGUGACCAUGGUGGCUUGCUAUCUGCUGUGCUGGCUGCCCUAUGGCGUGGUGGCGCUGAUGUCCACCUUCGGGCCCGGCGAGGCGCUCAGCCCGGAGGCCAGCGUGGUUCCGUCGCUCAUGGCCAAGUCCUCCACUGUGGUCAACCCCUUCAUUUACAUCUUUAUGAACAAGCAGUUCUACCGCUGUUUCCGAGCCUUCUUCAACUGCUCCGCCGUGGAAGGAGGCUCCACCCUCAGGACCUUCUCGCGGGUCACCAAGACUUUCCGCAGCGGGCGUCCGGAUCUUCAGGACCGCCGGGUGUCGGCCGCCGUCCCUACCUCCGUCCAGGCCACUCCCCAAUCCGUGGAAGCGGACGAACGGCCGUCCGCUUUGACAAACUGUCCCAAACCCAAACUGACUUUGGUGGCUCAUUACAGGGAGUGA